GCAAACACUUCUGCAACCGGAUUUUUGAGAAGUUGAUGAAAAAAUACGGAAUUUCGCAUAAGGUGGCCACCCCAUACCAUCCGCAGACGUCGGGGCAAGCAGAAACGAGCAACAAGCAAAUUAAGACUAUUCUUGAGAAGACGGUGAAUUCGUCUAGGAAGGAUUGGUCGAGCAAGCUCGAUGAUGCACUCUGGGCCCAAAGGACGGCAUACAAAGGAGUAUUGGGGAUGAGCCCGUUCCGGCUAGUCUACGGGAAAUCAUGCCAUUUGCCAGUUGAGAUCGAACACAAGGCAUUCUGGGCAAUCAAAAAGAUGAAUUUCGAUCUUGAUGCUGCCGGACGAGAAAGGAUGCUGCAACUCCCGGAAUUAGAAGAAUUGAGAAACGAAGCCUACGAGAAUUCCAAAAUUACAAGGAGAAGACAAAAAGGCUUCAUGAUGCCACUCUUCCAAACACAUAUGCGUGGACAUACCUCGGGACGUGGCCGGAGUCGUGGACGUGGACGUGGCCGUGGCUGUGGAUAUGGUCCAGAUCGCCGAUUUGACCAAGUCCACAAAUUUCACCGAGGAUAUAACUCGAGCCAGGGAUAUAAUCGUGGGCGAGGCCGUAACUAUGCCCAAAAUUUUGAAAGGGGGAGAAAUUUCCAGCCAAGAUUUGAACAGAAUAGUGUGACGGAGAAUAAUGAUGAAAAGACAUUUUAUCGAUGUGGAAGGACAGGACAUUGGGCACGCAAUUGUCGUGCUCCGAGACAAGUUGUUUAUAAUUAUAACAAUUCCCAGAAAUCAAAAGAUAAGAAUAUAGAAACCAAUUUUAUGAUUGGGGAACCCUAUGAAAAUGAUUCAACACGUGUGGAUGAUGAAUAUGGCAUCGAUGACAUAUUGAACCUGGAUUUUGCUGAUGCGGUA